CCCCCUCCUCCCCGUUGUUAGAGGAGACACAGCUUGUCCUCCUCUCUCCUUGUUUUCUGUCCCGGACACCUUCAAACCUCCAAACACAGCGGACAAUCCGAGCGAGAUCAUGCGGGCCGCAGCGCUGGCUCUGUUUGCCGCAGUGUUGUCCGGGUCGCGGGCGGAGGUGAUCGAUGACAUCCUGAGCAGCCUCACACGGGGAGCAUCCUUCCUGGAGCGGCAACACGAGCACAUCAACCUGGACGGGGUGGUCGGGUUCCUCAUGCUGCAGGCUGAGCUGAAGGAGGCUGUUCGGACGUGGCCUCACAGCGACCCGGUCAGCUGGGCUCAGAGAACCACCGCCGUCGCUCUGGUCAGACGUCUGGACCAAAGCUUCAACAAGGCCGUCGCCGCGCUGCAGCAGAACGACCCCAAAUACUACAGAGAGUUCGAGCCCCUGCUGUCGUGGAGCUUCUGGUUGGUUCCUCAGGAGUGGAGCUCCACGGAUCGCAGCCUGGUGUAUCCCUCCACCAUGACCACCGAGUGCUACGACGAGCAGCUCAGUGACAAAUGUCUGACGCUGCUGCUGGGAACCUGGAAGAUAAACGGGACGCCCUGCAUCGUCACCAAACCCUGCCGGGACACCAUGACCCGCUUCGGCUGUCCACACUACUCGCUGUCCCACCAGCUGCUCUACUUCAUGAUCGGAAGAAUGAGAGGCUGCACCAACCUGCUGAAGGGCGACACUCGAGCGUCCCGAGCCAACAUGACCGAAAGCAACUACCAGAAGAUCUUCUGCUCCAACAUGAUGAAAACCAACCAGGACAUCAUGAGGGAUGGUCUGACCGAACAGACGGUGGACAUCUUCAUGGAAAACAUCCUGAUUUGUGGACUGAGCGGUUUCUCCGACUUCUACAAAGCCGAUUGGCUGCAGCACAUCCUCCGGCUGCAGGACGAGGAAGUGGGCUGCUUCGGGAGAGACAAGAGCAUCAUCUCUCAGAUCAUCGGAGACGAGCUGCUGGAACAGAUGCAGCCUCACAGGAGAGUGAAGAGGAGGGAGAAAAUACUCCCAGACGGCUGCUCCAGUCACAUGACGGCGGUGGCGGUCGGUACUCUGGGAGGAUACCUGAACUACUACCUGACCGAACAGGACAUAACGAAGAGGCCGCUCUCCUGAACCCCCCCCCCCCCUCCCCCGUAGAGACGGCUGGACCCCCGACACAACAUGUUGCUUCAUGAACACGAGUCGUAAGAUGAUGACGAUGCGUAAUAAAACGCUGGGAUGUUGCUGUUUGGUACAAAAUAUAGACCUUUAUUUCUUUUUCAUUCUGUAAUCUAUUAUUAUCCUCAGGUGUGAAAUCUGACCAACAGCUAUGGAUCGAAUAAUCCCAAACAAGGAUAGUAGUGGUUCUCAAAUCCAGCAGAUUAUUAACUCUGUGACGCUGCUGUCGUCUCCAGAUACAGUCAGUUGUUUGACCUGUGGUUCAGUAAUCUAGCUACAGAAUUUAUUACGUCUUUAUAAAUGAAAUCAGGGUAAACCAACGCUUCAUAUUCUGCUUUUUGCCACACGGUUUAUCUGAGUAAUGGUUGAAGGGAUAGUUAGUGACAUCUGGAACUGUGAUUUCAUCUCCUGGUCGCUAGUUUUUGUCUGAAUUUGAUGUAAAAUAAUUUGAUCUCUCUCCUCUGCUCGGUGAUGAUUCACAGAGGAGAGAGAUCAGAAGUCAAGACGGAGCCUUAGGGCCAUUGUAGGUUAAAGAAAAGAGAAACAAACUAACUUAGCCAGCAGAAGGAGGUAAUAUUCAGAGAAUUUAGGAGAUUAAAGUUGUAAAUAUAUGAGGAAAAAAACCCUCAAAUCAUCCUGUUUUCUGACUUGGCCCCAGUUCACCUCAAAGUCUGGAGGAUGUAUCGAACCUUAAAAAAUGAAGCGCGAAUUUAGUAAAUUUGUGAGUUUUUUUCUUGUAAAUUCACAACUUUAUUCUUUGAAUAUUGUCCCCCGGCUCCCUAAUAAUACAAUAUACAGUCGUAUAAUUAGUGUUCAGUGUAGUUAGAGGUUCUUACAGGUCGGUUCUGCAGGACGUCUGUAAAAAGGCUUAAAAAGAGGUUCAUGAUAUUAUCCAUUAAAAGCAUCGUAUUUAUCUAAAAACUAAAACAUCAUAUUAAGACAAAAAUAACGACUUUAUUUCCUUUAACUUAUGUUUAUCUACUAAAUAUAAAGACACACUAGAGGCCACUGUACAGAGACCAAAGAGUAACUAUGCAUGAACUAUGAAUGUCACAUACAAAACGUUAUCAUGUAUUUCAUAUUAGCAUCAAUAAACAACCAGUCAAACUCUGAA